UGCAGUUUUUCAGUGACUUUGCUGUGUGACCCUAUGGAUGCAAGCACAGAUGUUGGAUUGUUACUUGUAAUCAACUUUACUGAGAAAUCUAUUGUUCGGAAUUCUUGGAUUGCUGGGAAGUGGGGGAAAGAGGAAAAGACAAUUCCCUACUUCCCAUUUACAGCAGGGGACUCAUUUAAGAUGGAGCUGUUGUGUGAGCAUCAGCAGAUUCGGAUCCUGCUUGAUGGGUGUCAGCUCUGUGAUUUCACUCAUCGCGUGGUACCUAUGCGAAGGGUGACAAACUUGCAGCUAUUAGGAGAUCUCAAGCUUACCAAAGUAGCUUGAAAAAAAAUAAAGAACCCUCAUGCCAUUAUGGUAAACAC